AUGGAGUUGUUUCUCAACUGUUUGAACCCCUUGUUGCGUGUGCCCAGGCUGCCGACAGACAAGUGUGUGUGUGUGGAGGGUACUAUUGAUAGUGCAUUCAAGGCAGCUAUUGGCAUGCUUGUGCCAGCCAGCCGUUUGGACAUAGACCCAAUUAUGAUUGCUAUGGUUGUAGACCCUGCUGUCACUGAGUUCAAGACCAGCUUGAAUGUCUGCUACGGUAAAUCUCAAUUCGACCACUGUGGAAUUCAAGUCACUCUUGAUGAGGUGAACAACCUAUGGAGCACAUAUGGCUCUAUGCUGGGUAUGAUUGGUAUGGCUGAUAUGGCCACCAUCGCCCAGAGCGUCAAUGAUGCCGCUAACGCUGACAUCCCUGUGUGCCUGGCCACUCCCACUGAUGCCGAGCUUGUAACCUGCAUGAAAGGUCUCAUCACAAAGGCAAAGACUAUGCUACCCGCCGCAGCCGACAUGGUUGACCAAUUUGACGCUGUUGUCCUCAAGCCUUUUCUUGCUUGUGCAGAACAGACAGGUGCUGCUGCCCAGAAGACAUGCACUGAGGGUGUUAUUGACACAGCCGUCGCCACUACUGAAUCUAUGUUUUAA